AUGCCUCGACAAAUGGUCUUGGAUUCAGACGACGAGGAUGAUUUGCAGGAAAUUCAGCAGCCUGUGACAAUUCAUGACUCGGAUUCGGAAACAGGCGGCAGUGAAGAAGAUUCAGACGAAGAUUCAGACGACUCAAGACCAAGAAAUGGCUUUUUUGAUGACGAAGCAGAGGAUGAUGAGGACGAUGAUGAAGAAGACGAUGAUGAAGAAGACGAUGAGGACCGUGGCUCGUCGCAAGCCGAGGAAGGCUCUGAUGAAGAGGAUGAAGAAGAAUCAUUCUCCAAUUAUCUCUCAUUUCACAACAGAGACGACAAAUUUCAUCCGUUUCUGCGUCUGCCCAUCGAGCUGCGGAUGAAGAUCUGGGAAACGUAUUGCCCUGACCUGACCUCGCCAGGCCGAGUGUUGCAAUUCGUUCUCAAGGGCGGCUCGGCUCAUCUGCGACCGAAGGCAUGGAAUCAUGACGACGAGUUUCUCACCAUCUGGGAUGGCCGUGAGCUCUCGGACCAGUCCUAUCACCUCCGCCAUGUCAUGGCUGUUCAUAAAGAGUCGCGAUACCUUGCCAUGCGUCUCUACCCAGAUGUUGUGAAGAUUGACGGAGGCGACGACGGCAAGGCUAUGAUCCGUGUCUCACGCGACCGAGAUGUCUUUUUUCUCGACCACUGGGAAGACGUCGACGUUAGCGAGUGGAAAGAACAUGACCACAUCCGCUCUUUUAUGCGCGCAGCAGAGAAUCUCGCUGUGUCGCAUCGCACUAUUUUCGAGUUUGGAAACGCCGCAAGCUUUGGGGAUUGGCUCAAGAAGCUGCCCAAUUUGCGCCAUAUUUUCGUCUGUGUUGAGCCCAAAGUCUUUAGAGAGGCGCAAAUCACAGAUUCGUCCGAUAUGGAGUGGUGCUUGUCCGAGUUUGCGAAUAAAUACGUCGCAGAAACAUGGGCAAAGUCACCAGGCAUUGGAGAAAAUAUUUCUACAACAUACUGCUGGCCAGAUGCCGAAGAACACAGAACUUUUGCCACAGUACACGUACCAAAAUUGGAGGAAGACAAAUUGGUUGGCUCUGGAACACUAAAGAUGCUGAAAGAGCGAGGCGUUGAAUGGUGGCCCAUGGCCAUGUUCUUUGGACAUAGGGUGGACUUUGAAGCAGAUCGCCCGUGGCGUCGAGAUAGCGACGAUGACGACAGUGACGAAGGGUUUGACGAAACAAACGAGUACGAAAGUGAUGGCAUUGACGACACGGAAAACCCCGAAGUCUUUGAGUCUGACGACGGUCUGGACGAUGCAGAUAUUACAGCGCAGUUUUCCAGCCCAGAGCCCGAGAGUCCUGAGAUUCAACGACGACCGCGUAAGCGCCGGAUCGUAGACGAUGAUGAAGACGAGGACGAGGUGGCUGAAGCAUCCACAUCACGCAACAAGCGAGCCAAGAUAGUGUUGGACUCUGACGACGUACAAAUAAUAUCUGACGACUCUGACGACGAACCACCACCACCAGCGCGUGGCAAACGGCGAGCCAUUGUGGAAGAAAGCCAGGACGAGUCAAGUGAAGAAGAGGCGCCAAAGAAGCUGACUCUCGCGCAAAGACUCAAAGGGAAAAAGGCUGUCGUCAUAUCUGAUGAUGAGGAGGACGAUGAAGAAGAAGAAGAGGAUGAGGAAGAUGAGGAAGACGAUGAAGAGGAAGACGAUGAAGAUGGGCUAAUAGAUGGCAUCGCUAUGGAAUCAGACGGCGAAGGCGACGAAGACGAGGAAGAAGAAGAAGAAUCAUAUUACUAG